CCACUGAAUCAGAAUGGGUGACAGGCAGCUGAGGCAGCUGGCUCGCAGGCUGUGGCGUGCAGUCCUGUUUGAGGACCGACAUGUGCUGUGCAUCAACAAAUGGCCGCAGUUGGUGGUGCAAGGAGGGACGAACGAGCCAUCCAUUGCAAGGGCGCUGCCAUACCUAGCACAGGAGUUACCACCCAAAGGGAGCAGUGGCAGAAAGCUUGUGGGGCCAAAUCAUGACUUUGCGCCAAGCAUUGUUCAUCGCCUUGACAAGGACACAACAGGCGUCACCGUGAUUGCCAAACACGCCGGGGCUGCUCGUAUCCUCAACAACCUUUUUGCCGAACACCAGGUGGACAAGCGCUACCUGGCCAUGACCCUUGGUGCACCUUAUCCUGAGAAAGGCCGGCUCGACUUUCCCAUCGGCACAAACAAAGACACAGGCGCAACAGCAUGCAUCACACCAACUAUGAGCGCAGAUGAGCGGAGUGCGCUGACGAAUGUUGUGGAUGCCGCCACCAACUAUCGUGUCAUCGACAACAUCGACCACCACAUCGCACUCGUCGACCUGAAACCCCACACCGGCAGGAAACAUCAGCUCCGCGUCCACUGCGCCCAAGCACUUCACUGCCCGAUCGUCGGUGACAACAAAUACGGCCCAGGUGUCACGCCCUGGCUCUCCCUCGCCAUGCGCACACCAUCCAAGACGAAGAGGAAAGAGCUGUGGUCGCCCCCGCUGUUCCUUCACGCUGCACGCAUCACCAUCCCAAGAUACGCGGACCACUUUGCAGAGAUUGACGACAAUUCAAAGACCCUGAAACCGCGGUUGGAUGUGUCGUGUCCGCUACCGCCCUGGUUCGACGAGGUCGCACAACGUCUCAAACUCCGCCUUCCACGAUCCACAACCUGAUGGCAGGGGUCUGACUUUGCUCGCGUGCUUAAUGCGCACCACACACACACACACACACACACACACACACACACACAC